AUGUCUGCUUUGCUUAAUGAAAUACUAAACACAUUAAAGCUUUCGAAUAUAUGCCGAGUGUCUGUGGGAGCAUCCUCAAUUCAGUUUGUUUCUGAAAGCCCAAAAAUCACUGCUGUAAGCACUUGUGACUUUAAUACAUCUGGGUCUGGAGUAUCGCACGUUUAUUCAACUGAAGUUUUAUUAGCGGGCAUUUCGGAUUGUACAAAGAUCGAAGAGAUAGAUGAGUCACUUGUAUUUACGCAAGAAACAGACACAUACAAAAUUGUAAAUACAAUACAGCCCCUGCUGCAGGAUCUUUGGACAUAUGAGAUCCCAGAGCAAUGGAAUACAAAAGUGAUUGUGGAAGUGGAUGCGUUUAAAAAGUUUAUAUUUUUACAACAGGAUAUAGAAACCUCCAUUUAUCUAUCUGCAGGAAUUUUGUAUUUUCACAGCGAAGAAGCCAGCAAUACAAGCAUCAUGCAAAUAACCCACUUAGAUAUUCUGCAAGAAGGAACAGACCGAGUGACUGUUCACUUUGCAUCGCUAAAGUAUCUAAGCGGUCUUCUAGCUAGGUGCGAGAAAGUCACAAUUAUGUAUACCAAAGAGUGUCUUUCUUUUGUGCUUAUGUUUGAAGGAGAUGCAGCGUAUCAUAGAGCUAUUUUCAAUGGAAUAAGAUGA